AUGGAUAUUACAAUAACGAGACACUUCAGUUUGGAUGAAUCGUCAAUGCGAAGCGGAGCGCUCGUGGCAAUGGAGGCGGAGCCUGACCUCAGCACAUUCGAGAACAAGUCAGGACUUGCUGAAGACAUGAAGUUCCUCGCAUCAAUGCCAGAGCUGUGUGACGUCACGUUCCUUGUUGGUGAUACAAGAGAGCCCGUGUGUGCUGUCAAGGCGGUAUUGGCUGCCCGGAGCAGGGUGUUUCAAAAAAUGCUGUAUCAGGCCCCAAGCCCUCAAAGGAAAAAAGAGCCAGCACCAAGGGAGAACAAACUUCGUUUAUUCCUGAAGAGAUCAUCAGAACCUCUUCUGAAUCUGCAGAACGCUGCACAGCAGAGAUCAACUUUCGCGCAACAAUUGGCUCCAAUACAAGAGCCUUCUUCCCAACAGCACCAGACAUUGAUCAUUGAGGAGUUUGAACCUGAUGUGUUUCGUCAACUGAUUGAAUAUAUUCAUACUGGAUGCGUGACUUUACAACCUAGGACUCUUUUAGGAGUAAUGAACGCCGCAGACUACUACGGCCUGGAUGAACUACGACGUGCCUGCGCAGGCUUCGUGCAAUGCUGUAUAACUGUUGAUACUGUCUGCGCAUUGCUCGCAUCUGCUGAGAGAUAUAUACAGUACAAGUGCACUAAGUCAUUGGUGCAAAAGGUACUUGAGUUCGUCGACGAACAUGGAAACGAUGUCUUGAACUUGGGUUCGUUCACCCUGCUGCCUCAGCACGUCGUGCGUCUUAUACUGGCAAGAGAGGAACUCAGAGCCGAUGAGUUUACCAAAUUUCAAGCGGCCUUGAUGUGGGGCAAGAAAUACUGCGACACUAAUCCUAACAUGAAUCUCAAAGAUGUCAUUGGAAAUUUCCUCGAGUACAUACAAUUCCACAAAAUUCCCGCGAACGUUUUGAUGAGGGAAGUGCACCCGCUCGGGUUGGUGCCAUAUUCCAUUAUAAUGAAUGCUCUGGCGUAUCAGGCAGACCCGGCCAGCGUAGAUCCAGGCAAACUCUCCCCGGCGCGAAUCCGGCGUGCCGGCCGCUCCAUGUCCGUUCAGUCCUCACUUGAUCCCUAUGGCUCCAACACCACUCUCUCCUCGACCGGAUCGAGCGAUGGACCAUCUUCGGACUCUAGGCACAACUAACGCGAGGGGAACAUCCCCCAUCCCGCGCCCGAUCCUGUCCCCGGACCCUCCACUGCACC